AUGGAAGGCGAUGGAGCAGCUUCAUCGGCCAUGGCAUCUCCAUCGAUUAAACCUAUAAACAAGAGUGCCAUCCACAAAAUCUGCGCAGGCCAAGUGAUUUUGGACCUCCCCUCCGCCGUUAAGGAAUUGGUCGAGAACAGCUUGGACGCCGGCUCCACUAGCAUUGAGAUUGCCCUAAAGGAAUACGGCGAAGAAUCGUUUCAGGUCAUUGAUAAUGGCUGUGGCAUUUCGCCAGACAAUUUCAAGGUUCUAGCGCUUAAGCAUCAUACGUCGAAAUUAGCGGAUUUUUCUGAUCUUCAAUCGGUGACGACUUUCGGGUUUAGAGGGGAAGCUCUCAGUGCACUGUGUUACUUGGGAGAUUUAACAGUCGAAACAAGAACGAAAAGCGAGCAAGUUGCGACGCAUUUGACAUUUGGCCGUUCUGGUUUGCUUACUGAUGAGAAAAAGACGGCACGCCAAGUUGGUACCACUGUUACUGUGAAAAAGCUGUUCUCCAACCUGCCAGUGCGAAGCAAAGAGUUUCACCGCAACAUUCGGAAGGAGUAUGGAAAGUUGAUUUCACUAUUGAAUGCAUAUGCUCUUACUGCAAAAGGUGUUCGGAUGGUUUGUACAAAUAUGACCGGAGCAAACAAAACCUCUGUAGUACUUAAAACACAGGGAAGCGGUUCACUCAAAGAUAACAUCAUUACAGUGUUUGGCAUGAGCACUUUCAACUGCUUAGAACCUAUGAGCCUAGUUAUAUCAGAUUCCUGCAAGGUGGAUGGGUUUCUUUCUAAGUCGGGCAAUGGCAGUGGACGAAAUAUAGGUGACAGACAGUAUUUUUUUAUAAAUGGUCGACCUGUUGACAUGCCAAAAGUCACCAAGCUUCUGAACGAAUUGUAUAGAUCUGCAAACUCAAAGCAAUAUCCAAUCGCAAUCAUGAAUUUUAUUGUUCCAACCAAGGUGUACGAUGUCAAUGUGACCCCAGACAAAAGAAAAGUUUUUUUCUCUGAUGAAGGCUCUCUUUUGAAGUCCUUAAAAGAAGCUUUGUUGAAGAUCUAUUCCCCACAGCUUGCAAGCUUUUUGGUACAGGGACCCGAGGAGCUCACUCAGGGAGGAAACAACUCAAAGCUGUGUUCUCCUCAUGAUAAGUCCUUUUCACAGUUUUCAUUAAAGCAGGCAUCGCCUGAUAGCAAACAAGAAGCAUACAGCGAGAAGCAACAUGUAGAAGUUGACACUGAUAUGAAUGAAUUUGAAGAGCCAUUGAGAUCCUCACCUGCUGUUAAACCGAUAAAUGUGGAAGAUUAUAGUUUAUCAAAGACAGACUUUACACUUAAAUUUCACGGCAACAUCAUACAACUCAACAAUGCAGAAAGGAACAGAUUCACCUCAUUCUGCAGGAAUACUUUAUCUGAGGUCCCUGUUCUUAGAAAUGGGCCUAACCUUCAUCAAUCAGUUAAUCAAAACCUUCAUUUGUGUUGUACAUUUACAAAGCCUUCUGAUAAUCGUACUCUGAUGAUGGAUGAGCAGCAUGAUGAAUUAGAUGUCUCUCCUAUUAAAGCCAUGAAAAACUCUGGACAAGUUGAAGAGCUUUCUGAUAAUCAUACUCCGAUGAUGGAUGAGCAGCAUGAUGAAUUAGAUGUCUCUCCUAUUAAAGUCAUGAAAAACUCGGGACAAGUUGAAGAGGUAAUAGAUAUUUCUAGUCCAUUACGUUCUUCUCAGCCAGCUUCAGGUUCAGAUGAUGGACAUGGACUGGAAGUAAUAGAUAUUUGUUCAGAUGAGGCAGUGGCUUCUUCUCCUUCAAAAAUGUGUUACACCAUGCAGUUUAGUUUUGAGGAGUUAAAGAAGAGGAGGCAUCAAAAACUUUCGGCAUUGCAGGCUAGCAAAAAUACACCUGGAAAACUGAAUAAGGCUAAAGGAUGCUAUGCUGCAGCAACAUUAAAGCUUUCUCAAGUGGUAAAAGAGGAGGCCAAGGCACAGGCUUUAUCUGCAGCAACAAAUGAAUUUGAAAAGCUGUUCAAAAAACAAGAUUUUGGGCGUAUGAAGGUGAUUGGGCAGUUCAAUCUUGGAUUUAUCAUUGGGAAGUUGGAUGAAGAGCUGUUUAUUGUGGAUCAGCAUGCUGCAGAUGAGAAAUACAAUUAUGAGCGUUUGUCACGGUUCACCAUCUUGAACCAACAACCGUUGCUGAGGCCGGUGGCAGUGGAGUUGAGUCCUGAAGAAGAAGUGAUGGUUUCAAUGCACAUGGAUACCAUCAGGAAAAAUGGGUUUUUGUUGGAGGAGGAUUUGGAUGCUCCUCCUGGGCAGCGUUAUAAAAUGAAAGCCGUCCCCUUCAGUAAGAACAUAACUUUUGGUGUUGCAGAUGUUAAGGAACUGAUAUCUAUCCUCGUGGAUAGUCAAGGAGAAUGCUCAAUGAUGGGCACAUAUAAGAUGGACACCUGUGACUCCGUUUGCCCCCCAAGAGUGCGUGCAAUGCUAGCAUCACGUGCCUGUAGAUCUUCUGUUAUGAUUGGAGAUCCACUUGGAAGAAACGAGAUGAAAAAGAUAGUUGAGCGUUUGAUGGAUCUAAAAUCUCCAUGGAAUUGUCCACAUGGUAGACCCACUAUGCGUCACUUGCUAGACUUAACAACUCUGCGUAAAUGCAAUUCAGCCUUGUAACCCAAUUCUCUUUUUAUAAAAAUUUAAAUCAAUUUUUCAUUUGGAUAGUUAAAUUAUAGUAAUUGUUGAGUGUGAGUGUUGGUAUGUACUACUACUAUGGACUAUGGAGUGUAAAUAAUAAUACAAGGUUUUAAGUGC